UAAAGCGUCGCAAUCUGUGAAAUACACUCCAAGGUGUAAAGUGCUAAAAAAGAGCGUAACGCAAUGGUAGCUUCUGCAGGAACAACCUUUCUGCGCAUUAUUAUAGGCGCCCUAACCGUGCUGAUUGCCGUCAGCAUCAAAAAUUAUCGCGAUCUUGGCGCGCCCGGCAAGCGGCCAGACUUGGAUAACAAUGAGUAUUGGGGAGCGCAGCUGAAGCAGCCCUACAAGGAGAACAAAGCGGUGCUGCCUUUUGACAUAAGCGUGGAUCCAGCACUUAUAGCUGAUCUUAAGGCGCAACUGGCGCGUCCGCUGAAAUUGCAGACUCCGCUAGAGGGCGUUGGCUUUGAGUAUGGUUUCAAUGCCAAGGAGCUGGAAAAGGUGGUCAACUAUUGGCGUGAUAAUUAUUUGAGCAAAUGGUCGCAGCGCGAGGAUUUUUUGAAGCAGCUGAAGCAUUACCAGACCGAAAUCCAAGGACUUAAAAUACACUUUAUACACGCAAAGCCAAGCAAAGCGGAAGGCAAAAAAGUGCUGCCACUGCUCUUGAUGCACGGCUGGCCAGGCACAGUGCGCGAAUUCUACGAUUUCAUUCCAUUGUUGACGCAGGGCAGCGACAAGAGCGAUUAUGUUUUUGAGGUCAUAGCGCCAAGUCUGCCGGGCUAUGGCUGGUCCCAGGGCGCCUCACGACCAGGCUUUGGUGUGGCUCAGCUUGCUGUGGUCAUGCGUAAUCUUAUGCUGCGCGUGGGCUUUAACAAGUUUUUGGUGCAAGGCGGCGAUUGGGGCAGUCUGAUAGGCAGCAAUGUAGCGUCGCUCUAUCCGGAGAAUGUGCUGGGCUAUCACUCGAACAUGUGCACCAACAACAGUCCUAUGGGUCAGCUGAAGCUUGUGCUGGCUUCGUUGUUCCCAAGCUUUUAUGUAGACAAGGAGUACGCGCAUUUCUACAAGGGCAUGGGACAUCUAUUUGCGCAUAUUAUGGAAGAGAUGGGCUAUGCGCAUAUACAGGCAUCCAAGCCGGAUACCAUAGGCAGCGCUUUGGCACAUAAUCCUGUAGGCCUGGCUGCCUAUAUACUUGAGAAGUUCUCCACCUGGACCAAUGCAGAGUAUAAAUAUCUUGCGGAUGGCGGUCUGACCAAGCACUUUAGCUAUGAUCAGCUGCUGGAUAAUAUAAUGAUCUACUAUGUAACCAAUUCGAUUACUACCUCGGCGCGUUUGUAUGCCGAGUCCAUGAGCAAGGCGCAAAUGGCGCUCAAUGUGGACAGCUUGCCCAUUAAGGCGCCUGCAGGCUGCGCACGUUUCCGCAACGAACUGAUGCAUGCACCCGACGCGGUGCUGGCCAAUAAGUUUCCCUAUCUGGUGCACAGCUCGCAUUAUGAAGUUGGCGGACACUUUCCUGCCUUUGAAGUGCCACAGCAGCUCUACGAUGAUUUUAUUCUUUAUGUGAAUAAGACAUUUGUCUAGUUUAUAUGUUUAUGUGGUAUGCUUUGUGCUAAUUGCUUGUACUUUGUUUUAAAGGUCUAAGGUCAACACAUUGUUAAAAUAAAACUAAACAGUCAUGCUUAAUUCAAUUUCCAAUUCAUU